CGAAAGCACUAAUAAUUUUUUCAAUCCUUUUGUCGAAAAUACAAUUCUUGUGUUUUACGAGGAAUCAUGAAAUUAGUGGUGAUUUUGGCGUUGAUUGGCAUCUGUUUCGCAGAAACCAAAACUGCUUCACAAAAUGCGGCGGAACUCGGAUUCAAGACAUUUGAUCACGAAUUCAAUACAUUUAAAAUAAAUCACAACAAACACUACUCGACCCCCGAGGAGGAAGAGCAGCGAAAACUUAAUUUCUUGAAUUCCCUGCAAAUCGUCGAAAAACACAAUGAAUUGUAUAAAAAGGGCGAA